AUGGCUAAAGUCUCGAGUUUUGUCAGCGGAGAUAAUCCACAACGCGGCUCACUCACGCUGUUUCCUUCUGUUGACCCCUGCUACAGCUACACUGUGCUGGACAAUCCAUGGAGAUCCACCAAUAAUACAUAUGAUUCAGUUUUAAAAUGUGAUGGGUCAGUCACCUGGAGCGGCUGGUAUCGUCUCUUCAUUAACAAUGUGAACGCUCAGAUCCCAGACACGUGUGUUGCAAAGUAUAGCUGUGGCACCCAUAUACCACUGUGGAUCCGUGGUGGACACCCAACAGUACAGGAUGGAGUCGUCACUCGAGAUGUCUGUGGUCACUGGGAAAAUUACUGCUGCUAUAUCGGGUCUUACCCCAUUAAAGUCAAAGCCUGUCCAGGCAAUUAUUAUGUCUAUGAGCUGGUUAGUCCAACUUGGUGCUAUUUAGCAUACUGUGCAGUUACUAACAUCAGCAGCACUGUUACAACAAUUGCACCAGAGACAAGCACAGCUGUUAUAAAUAUAACACCGCAGGAUGAAUGCACAAGUCAGACCUCUGGAGGAUGUUUUCAAAAUCUUCUUGAGCAGAUCGAGAACAUUACAGCUCAAGUGCUUCCUUUGAAUACUGUGACAAACAUUUUGACUGUGGCCUUCAACACUUCAGAGAAGACUUUGGAGUCAUUUUCAUCAGCAAAACCAACUGAACUAGCCUCCUAUGGAAACCGCAUGUUAAAAACCACUGAAAAACUCAUCUCUACAUUGGUGAAGCCGACAAUCACAAGUGACAAUGUCAGUUUUACUCUUGCUACUGUUGAGGGUCAAGUCUUCAUGGUUGGACCAAAUGUCACCUUAAAUAAAAUCCCACAACUUGACACGACAAAUUCUUCUGUGGACAUCGAUCUCAUUGGGAUCGCAAAGAGCAACAAUGAAAGAUCAGCUGCUGUGGCUUUCAUGAGCUACAGCACGAUGGAGAAUCUACUGAAGCCAGACUUCUUCAACACAUCAAAUGACACUGUUAAAACCAUGAUGUCCACUGUGAUCUCAGCUACUCUUCCCAAAACCACCAACACUAAACUCACCAAACCAGUCAACUUCACCUUCAGACACAUCAGAAAGUUUGAUCCCACUAGUUCUCUGUCCUGUGUUUACUGGAAUAUCAGUGAGUGGAUUGUAGAUGGUUGUUCUGUUUUAAAGACCAACAGCAGCUACACUGUGUGUUCCUGUGUUCAUCUGUCGACAUUUGCUCUCAUCAUGCAAACCAGCCGUCCACCAGAGAGCGACUCUCAACUGCUGGAUCUGUUGAAUCUGGUGUGUGUGAUCGUGGGGCUGGUGUUCUUCAGUUUGGCCCUGUUGACAUUUGCCCUUUGUCAGUGGAGUCCUGGAGUGAAUAAUGUGGCUCGAAUCAACAUCUGCAUCAGUCUUCUGUUGGCUCAUCUUCUGUUUCUGCUCACACAGCAUUUCCUGAACAUCAUACGGCCUAAGCAGGUGUUGUGUGCCGUGAUCUCAGGCCUUCUGCACUUCUUCUUUCUCUCCGGCUUUGUGUGGAUGUUCAUUGAAGCUGUGAUGCUCUUCAUCUAUGUAAAGAACCUAUCACAGAUCAGCUCCAGAAAGAGGGAGGUGCUUAGCAGUGGAUUCCUGUGUGUGAUUGGAUAUCUGAUUGCUCUGGUUGUGGUGUGUGUCUCGGUCGGUCUGGUUCCUGAAGGCUACGGCAGCGAAUGCUGCUGGAUUAAAAUCGAUAAAGGCUUCAUCUGGAGUUUUCUGGGUCCUGUUUGUGUCAUACUAGCGUCCAACACGCUUCUCUUCAUCAAGAUCAUCAUCAGUCUGAACUCAACUCUGAAAAGUCUCAAUGCUGAAGUUUCACAGAUGAAACAAACCAAGAUUAUGGUGUUUAAAACACUGGCUCAGUUUGUGGUUCUUGGUUGCCCCUGGAUUCUGGGUUUCUUCACUAAUGGCAGGAAGGAGCUGGAGAUCCUCUUCCUGAUCUUGAACUCCCAGCAGGGAACCUUCAUCUUCCUGAUCUAUUGUGUCCUCAAUAAUGAGGUUAGACAGCAGUAUAAGAAGUUCUUCAGAUGUCUUUGCUGCAUCAAACAACACUGAUGACUACAACAUCACGUUCAGAA